AUGACUACGCUGAGCUUUAGAUCGCUGAUUCAAGAAUUAGAAAAUGCGGAAUUGUUAAAUCCAGCUGAACACCUCUAUACAAAUGAAUCGGCCAUAAACUUGAAUAUUUCAAAUAUAAUUGAUCUCCAAUCUCCAAUUUUUCAUUCUAAUAGGAUUGAAAGUGAAUCCGGUCUUGAAGAUGAUGAAUAUGACAUGAAUGAAAUUAUUACCAGUAGACUAGAAAGAAUGCAAUUUUAA